UAUAAAUAUAUAUGUGUGUGUGUUUUUGUUUGGGUGGGUUGGCGCCCGGCCCCUGCCGGUUACUGGUAUUGUCUUACGUCGGGCAGCAGCUAUCGCCCGUUCAAAGCUUUGAGAAAAAUCCAUCCUUGCCUUCAUUUUGUGACCGGCACUUGGUCUCUGACACCAGCUUGGUCUCUGGACACAGCUCAAGCGUGACUAGCGUGCCUGGAGAUCUUGGACCAUCUAUCCCUGAGCACGGCGGGAGGUCAGACUCAGGUAGUGCGCGGCACUGGGUCCUUCUUGUUCUCCACGCCUGUUGCAUCCGGAACCUAGGCCCAUAGCCCGAGUUUCUGGCCGACGGAAGGCUCAGGACUCCGCCGCACGAGAUAUGGCGCCUCCCGCUGGCGGGGCUACAGCGGCUGCAGACCCUAGUUCACCUGCGGUGCUCUUGGCUGUGCACGCCGCGGUGAGACCCCUGGGCGCCGGGCACGACACCGAGGCGCAGCUGCGGAGGCUGCAGUUGAGCGCGGACCCUGAGCGGCCUGGGCGCUUCCGGUUGGGGAUAUUGGGCACCGGGCCAAGGGCGGUCAGCUUAGAAUGGCCCUUGGAGUCUAUUUGCUAUACAGUCCGUGGCCCUAACCAACAUGAGCUUCAGCCUCCACCCGGAGGGCCUGGAACCUUCAGUGUGCACUUCCUCAACUCUCAGGAAGCACAGCAGUGGGCAGCACUAGUGCGAGAUGCCACCGCGGAAGGACAAAAUGGCAAUAGCAGCCCAGCCCCAGCCAUGUGCCCCAUUUCUCCACCAUGUUCUUCUGUGGCUCAAAUAGCUAAAGCAACUCAUCCUGAGGUGGAUCUUCCUCAAAGUUCUAGAAACUUGAAAAAAGAAGAGUUGGCUACACGCCUGGCCCAGGCCAUUGCAGGUGGGGAUGAGAAAGAAGCAGCCCAUGUGGCAGCAACCUUGGCACAGCAUCAUGUGCCUCUCAAUGUCCAGCUCAUGGAGGCCUGGUUCCCACCAGGUCCCAUCAGGCUGCAAGUCACAGUUGAAGAUGCCACAUCUGUUCUGUCCUCUGCAUCAUCUGCCCAUGUCUCACUGAAGAUCCACCCACACUGCUCCAUUGCAGCCCUCCAGGAACAAGUGUUCUCAGAAUUCGGUUUCCCACCAGCUGUACAGCGCUGGGUCAUUGGACGUUGCCUAUGUGUACCUGAACGAAGCCUUGCUUCCUAUGGGGCCUCUCAAGAUGGGGACCCUGCUUUUCUCUACUUGCUUUCAGCCCCCCGAGAAGCUUCAGGACAUAGCCUUCAACCCUCCAAGAUGGAUGGGAAAUUAGGACACUUGUUUCCUCACUCAUUGGAACAACCUCAUACCCUCCAGCCAGCUAGUGCCAGUCUCCCAAGUCUCCCUCAGCUUGGCUGGUCUUGCCCUUCCUGCACUUUCAUCAAUGCCUCAAAUCGCCCUGGCUGUGAGAUGUGUAGCACCCAAAGGCCCUGUACUUGGGAUUCCCUUACUACAGCCUCUACCUAGAAGCCACCAAAGGUUACAGAGAACAUGGCCCUCCUGUCACAGGCCCAAAUCCUUGGACCACCACCACUUUAAUGGGGACCUGUGCUUGUUGGGGACAGAGAUGCAGUAUUAGGCAACAAGAGCCACAAGCCAGUAAUUAAAGACACAUAAGAACCA